AUGGCGGCACUUUCCCAGAGAUGCUUGCGAACGAACGCAUUCCAUUCCAUUGUUAACAAGCAGACAGACGUGCACGCCGGGAACGCUGGCAGAGAGCGAGAGGAAGAGAGUGAAAGAGACCCUUGCUAUAUGGCCGACCAUCAACAAGGUGGGGAGGACGUGGUGCGCUCUGACGUGUGGUGGGUGAGCUCUGGUCUAGAGUGGAAGUGGAGGGUAGUGGGAGAUGGUGAGUUAGAGCCAGAGUUAGGGCUAGGAAGGAAGUGUUCGAACAAUUGGGUUGCGUCGCAAGCUGCAAGUAAAGUUGCUGGUCAUUUCGAGAAAGCAGUAAAAUGUAAUAGUGUGUUUGACUUUGUUUACUAA